GGUGGUAACAGCUGAUUUCCUUUGUUUUUUGUUCUCAGCUCUUCCCCGGAGGCUGGGUGAAAGGGCUUGAGGGUCCCGACAGGAAGAAAUUCCAAACUGUGUCUUUCUGGGUUCCCAAAGGGUUUUUUUUGCAUUUGAGUGGGGGCAGCAUCUACCCAUCCAAGUUCAGAGAGAAGCUGUAAACUUGGGAGUUUAAUACCAGCCUGGAGUAACCAGUAUUAAUUUUUAGAAUCCUUGCAGGCCCCCACCUUCUGCACUCCAAGUGCCAGAGUGGGAACUCAGCAUGACACCAUCGAACUAGCCAAGUCAGACAAAGGCAAUUUCAAGAUGGGAACGGAGGCCCUGAAGGACUCAGCGACUUCCCCAAGGUCACAGAUAAUUGAACAUCUCCUGGAUCCCAGUCCAGUGCUUUUAGCACAGACGUUCUUUCUUCUCUCAGCCAAACUGGAUCCAAACUAACUCCCAAAGGCAAACUCCAGCCUAGACCUAAUCCAGAUCCACCCUCUCCCUGCCCAGCCCAUCUCUAAUUAACAGAUCAGGUGCCGGGAGUGGCCAUGUGCCGUCCCCCCACUGAGACUUGUAUUGAAGGAGCCUCUCUGGUAGCAGUCACAGCCAGGGACUAGCUCCAGAACAGGGGUCUCCGGGCCCAGCUUUCAGACGUCUCUGUGGACAGUGUUUCUGAACGUGCAGUGGCUGGGAAAUGCUCUGGUUUGGUGUUCGGGAGGGAGAUUUCAACACUGUCAGGGAAUUCCCUUCCCAAAGAGCAGCCCUCUGCCAAGGCCCCUCUCUCCACCCUUCUAUACCCCAGCAGCCUUAGCUUGGAUGCUUAGGCUCAUGGCAGUCAAAGGCUGGAUUACGUGAGGCUUCACGAGAGAACACGGGUCACCAGCUGCUUCGCUGGGAGAAGUAAAAUUAAGGAUGUGAAAAAACGAGUCUGCAGAGAGAUGGAAGCAGGAAAUGUCACUAACACAAUCCACUUCCUUCUGCAUUGGGGGAUGGUCUGAUCCUGAACCUCACACUUCUGCAAAACGUCUGUUAGUCUAUAAGGUGCCACAGGAUUCUUUGCUGCUUUCACACUUCUCAGUAUCUCUUCAGACAGUGGAGAGCUGGCAAAGGCUGCGGAGUUGAAAGGUCGCCCCUCUGACAACAAAAUGGCUCCGUCGACCCCUGUGUCUGGAUUGUCUCUUCCAUGCCUGGUGCUGCUGCUUCUCCUGGAGAUCCCUGGGGCCGGGGGGAGCCAGGAGUUCCAGCUGCUGCAGCCCCAGGGCGCCGUGUCGGUGUCAGCGGGAGAGACUCUCACUCUGAGCUGCUCUGUGACUGGGCUCGCUCCAGUAGGACGCGUGACGUGGUUCAAGGGCUCGGGCAGUGGCCGCCAGCUCGUUUAUGCACAGACGGGAUCACUCCCCCGGGUGACGCGGGCUGUGAGUGGCUCUGACACAGACUUCACCAUCCACAUCAGGGACACCCGCCCCGAGGACGCCGGGAUCUAUCACUGCGUGAAGUUUAGGAAGGUGUCGGGAGGUGAUGAGGAGUUCAGAUCCGGCGCUGGCACGGCCGUGACUGUGAGCGCCAGACCGUCGGCCCCGUCCGUGUCCGGCCCCCCAAGCAGGGCAGAGCCGGGUCCCCCGGUGACUUUCACCUGCACGUCAGGAGGAUUCUCCCCCAGAGACAUCGCUGUGACCUGGCUCAAAAAUGGGAUCAGACUCCCAGACCCCCAGACCCGGGUUCUCCCUGCACAGGAGAGCGUCUCCUAUAACAUGUCCAGCACCGUGGGGCUGAGCCUGACCCCAGGAGAUGCCCGCUCCCAGCUCACCUGUCAGAUAGAGCACAGCACCUUACUGGAUCCCCUGCGUGCGACUUACAACCUCAGCGAUGCCCUGCGAGUUCCACCCAGGCUGCGAGUGGGCACUGCCCCAGCGGCGCCCGUCACACUGAACGCGUCUGUGACGUUCACCUGCCGCGCGGAGGGGUUUUACCCGAAGGACGCGAGUCUCACCUGGCUGGAGAACGGAAAUGAGAUGGAUCUGGGAAAACCCGCCCCCCUGGCUGAGAAUCCAGACGGGACGUACACACUCCAGAGCUCCCUGGAGGUCAAAGCAACUGAGCAGAGGAGUCAGUCUGCGUUCACCUGUCAGGUUGUGCACAAUUCCCAGCCCCCCGUCAAUGCCAGCGAGAUGCUGAGAUUUUCCCAGCCACCUCCUGAGCCAGGCAAAGAUCCCACUUCAUGUGAUGCGGGUCAGAGCCCGUUCUCCAGCCCAGCUCUCUGGAUCGGGCUCUUCCUGGAGAAGGUGCUGGCUGCCGCCUUCCUCCUCUUCCUCUUCCUGAGAAGUAAACAGUAA